UCAGGCAGCUGGGGCAGGGCAGGGCUUGCACCGUGUACGACCUCGCGCGGAGGCUUAAAACGCACAAGAAGGAGGUGAACCGGGCGCUCUACAAGCUGCUCCGGGACGGCGAGCUGCACAAGGGCGAGGAGACGCCGCCGCUGUGGAAGAUUCCUGGCCCCGCUGCCGAGAGGGAAAGAAGCCCCCCUGGCUGCAGGGUUUGCCGCCCACAUCCCGCCUCGGAGAUCACAGAAGAAAGCCGGGCAGGUGCCUCCAGGAACGUUGCCGGCAUGGCCGAGACCAAGGAGAAGAUCUGCAACUAUUUGUUCAGCGUGGCGGAGGCGACGGCGCUCAGCCUGGCCAAGAACAUCGGCUUCUCGCGGGCCAAAGAUGUGAAUGCCUUCCUGAGCGCCCUGGAAAAGCUGGGAGACGUCCGCAAGGAGAACACGAGCCCGCCRCGAUGGUCUCUCACAGCCAGGAAGCGCGAGCGGAUGCAGAUGAGGCUGAAGGCCGGCGCGGCCACAGCAGGUCCCGCGUCCCAGCCGGCUUUUCCGCCUCCCUCUCUUCCUCCGGAGCCUCCGGAGAGGACGGUCGCUUCGCCGGCAGUGACAGCAUYAGAAGAAGAAAGAAGGGAAAACGGGCGCUGGCCACAGGGGCGAACGGAUCGCGGCGAUGCCAGCGACGUGGAAGCGGCUGUGCCAGACAGCAAGUCCGGGUUCUCCAGCUUCACGAACUACAAUAGCUCCGAAAAUGGCAAGUGGGCCACGGAUGACAUCCCGGACAACCUGAACUCGAUGAGCCGGCAGCCUGACGGGUCAGGAGGUGUCGGGACCGCUCCCGCUUCCCCCGGCCACGUCGCCCGCUCGGAAGCCGCUUUGCCCGGYACGAGCCUAGGGAAGCUGCUCGCUUGUCAGGAGAAGAACCCGGUGAGCGGCCUCACCGAGUAUUCCCAGUACACCUACCAGCACUGUGAGUUUGCCAUGCUGGAGCAGAGCGGGCCCUCCCAUGAGCCACGGUUUAAGUUCCAGGCCGUGAUUAACGGGCGCCGAUUCCCGCCGGCAGAAGCAGGUAGCAAAAAGCAGGCAAAGCAGGAGGCAGCUGCUAAYGCCAUGAGGAUCCUGAUGAACGAAGCCGAGGAUGGGAAACCCAGUAGGAUUAAAUGUGAAGAGGAAUUUCCCUCGGAUAGUUCUGCUUCUGAGCUGCCCUCGAACCCGGAGCCAGAGCCACCGUCUGCACCAGCUCAACUGAACCUGCUUCCCGGGAAGAACCCCGUCAGCGUAAUAAUGGAAUAUGGACAAAAAUCAGGGAACAUAAUUGAAUUCCAGCUGCUCUCUCAGGAAGGCCCACCGCAUGACCCUAAGUUCAGCUUCUGUGUGAAAAUGGGUGACCAGAUUUUCCCUGCUGUGGUAGGCAACAGCAAGAAGGGAGCCAAGCAGAUGGCGGCAGAAGUUGCUGUGAAGAUCCUUUCAGGAGAGUCAGGAGCCCAUGUCCUGUCCGAACAGGAGUCCCAUGGUGAGCAGUCCGUGGAGAGCUGUGGAGCACAGAUCGCCGUUCCAGAUGAAUCCAGGGCGGCGAGGGCGAAGGGCCUUGGGGAGCUCAUCAAGUACCUUAAUGUCAAUCCCGUCAGUGGCCUGCUGGAAUAUGCCCGCACCAACGGGUUUGCUGCAGAGUUCCAGCUCAUAGACCAGUCCGGACCUCCCCACGACCCAAAGUUCGUGUACCAGGCGAAGGUUGGAGGACGUUGGUUCCCUGCCGUAACCGCGCACAGCAAGAAGCAGGGCAAGCAGGAGGCGGCGGAUGCGGCGCUACGCGUGCUCAUCGGGGAGACGGAGAGGGCCGAGCGCAUGGAGGGGGCAAACGUCGCAGAGCUCCCGGUGAGCGGCAGCACCCUGCACGAUCAGCUCGCCAUGCUGAGUCACCAGCGCCUCAACGCCCUCGCCGCCCGCGUGCCGCACGGGCUGCCCGGCAGGAAGAUCCUGGCGGCCGUCGUCAUGCGCCGCGGGAGCAAGGGCCUGGGAGUCGUCGUCAGCAUCGGCACGGGCAACCGCUGCGUGAAGGGGGAAGAGCUCAGCUUGAAAGGGGAGACGGUGAACGACUGUCACGCGGAAAUCAUUUCUCGACGAGGCUUCGUGAGGUUCCUGUACAGCGAGCUGAUGAAGUACAACCCCUCGAGUCCCUCCUCUGUGGAAGAGAGCAUUUUUGAGCCGGCAGGAGAGAAGCGCCUCAGAAUAAAGAGCAGUGUCACCUUUCAUCUCUAUGUCAGCACAGCACCGUGUGGCGACGGGGCGCUCUUUGACAAGUCCUGCAGUGAGCAGGCGAGCAGCACGGGGGAAACGCAGCACCAGCCUCUCUUUGAGAACGCCAAGCAGGGCAAGCUGCGCACCAAGGUGGAGAACGGGGAAGGCACCAUCCCUGUGGAGUCGAGCGACAUCGUGCCCACGUGGGAUGGCAUCCAGCACGGGGAGAGGCUGCGCACCAUGUCCUGCAGUGACAAAAUCUUGCGCUGGAACGUGCUCGGCUUGCAAGGGGCCUUGCUCUCGCAUUUCCUAGAGCCCGUUUAUCUCAGCUCCGUCACGCUCGGUUACCUGUACAGCCAGGGGCACUUGACACGAGCGAUCUGCUGCCGCGUGGCGAGGCCCGGCACGGCGCUGGCGGCGAAGCUGCGGCCCCCGUAUCGCAUUAACCACCCCGAGGUUGGCAGAGUCAGCGUGUACGACUCCGCCAGGCAGACGGGCAAGACCAAGGAGUCUUCGCUGAACUGGUGUCUCGCUGAUGAAGGCAAAGUGGAAGUCCUGGACGGCACAAAAGGCAAAGUAGAGGGCCCCAAGCUGGAGCUGUCCCGCGUGUGCAAGAGGAAAAUGUUCGCCCUGUUCCAGCAGCUGUGUGCCARGACGGGCCGCGGGGAGCUGCGGCGGCUGCCCGUCUACGCCGAGGCCAAGGAGGCCGCCGCCGCCUACCAGGAGGCCAAGCGCAGCUUCUUCCAGGCGCUCGGCGAGCUGGGCUACGGCACCUGGAUCCGCAAGCCCCCCGAGGAGGACAGUUUCUCGGGUUCGCUCGCAUAGCGCGGCCGCCCAUGCGCAUCUCGGCGCCCUUCUCCCGCCUCCGGCUGCGGAGGCAGUGGUUUUGCCCUGGCGGAGGCUGGAGCAGUUGCAGGGAGACCUUUCCCUUUUUAAGACUCGCAUGGAAAUCGUUUUGUCUCCUCUSUUUUUUAAAGCUAGAGCAGGCUCGGUUGCCUCUUGCUUUUCUGUUCCCUCUUCCCCCCUUUUAAAGAAGGCACAAGAAGCCCGAGGGGGCUCCGGGCCUGCGAACCGAGCCGCUUUGGGCRGGUUUGGAGGCAGUUUCUGCUGCG